AUGUCAUGCGGAGACGGCUGCGGCGUGGAAAACGUCGUGGAAUCGAGAAUACUUGGCGGAGAAGAGGCCAGGCCCCCUCAUCGGUUUCCUUGGAUGGUGGCGCUGGUGGACGAGGAAGAAAAACUGGUGGGAGGAGGAUCGCUGAUCGGCAACCGACACGUGCUCACGGCUGCGCACUGUUGUUCAGAGCGCCGGGAGCAGAAGCUCCGAGUCGUGCUGGGCGGCCACCGGAUAUCGUCGACGCCGCUGCCGGUGGCCGUCGCCGCGUGCGUGAUUCACCCGAACUACAAGGGCGUCGCGUACGUGCACGACAUCGCCCUGCUCGUGCUGGCCGAGCCCGUAGUUUUCCACGACUUCGUCUCGCCCCUGUGCCUCGAGACCGAUGACACGCCGCUCAAGGAUCGCGAGCUGUUCACCGUCAUCGGAUGGGGACGCGUCGCCGAGGUGAGCCAGACCAGCGACGUGCUCAAGCUGGCCAAGAUCCCGCUCAUGAGCCUGGGGCUGUGCAAGGAGCGGCUAGGCGAAGACAUUCUCGACACCAACCUGUGCGCAGGUGGAAACAAGGAAGACACGUGCCAGGGAGACAGCGGCGGCCCACUUAUGCUCAGGAGAGCCGAUGGUCGCUGGCUUCAGGUGGGCGUGGUCUCCUGGGGCAUCGGCUGCGGUCGGCCGGGAUACCCAGGCAUUUACACGCGCGUGUCAAGAUACACGCAGUUCAUCCGGAAUGUGACCAAGGGAAGGCUGUGCAGCCAAGCUGACGACACCCGAACUCUGGAGCUGGACAACGCCAUCAGACCGCUCAGGAAGCCCAACCUCAACUCUUGCGGGGUGGCCGGUCGCUACGGCCAUGGCCGCAUCGUCGGAGGGUCUCAAGUGUUUGCUCACAAAUUUCCAUGGUUGGCUGCUGUCAUGUUUCGCGGCAACCUGUCUGGGUCUGCGGCCUACAUCGGCAACGGCUUCGUGCUGACGGCAGCAGGAGUCAUUGGAAAUGAGGCGUUGAUGCACCCGGAGCGCCUGCAGGUUCUCUUAGGCGUGCACGACCUGAGCCGGCCGCAGCAGCACAGCGUGGCGCACAACGUGAGUCGUGUGCAGGUACAUCCGAGUUACAAGCACCCGUACUACGACGCGGCACUGCUUCAGCUCAUGGGCAUGACGUCCGACGACGGAGGUGCCGACCACGUGCGCCCCAUCUGCCUGCCCCAGACGACGGACCGGUACAUGCCCGGAACCAAGACUCUCGUAGCCGGAUGGGGACGGGUGCACACUUACGGCCCACUGAGCUCGACUCCCAACGAAGUGUACGUAAACGUGGUGCGAAGCGAGGAGUGCAGCCAGCGCUACAACGGAAGUUCGGUGCAAGGGCUCAUCUGCGCCGGCGCCAAAGGAAGAGACAUCUGCGAUGGCGACGCCGGUGGCCCCCUGAUGCAGUUCUACGCGGGCCGCUACUACGUGGCCGCCAUCGCCGGCUCUGGCAUGGCGGGAGGCUGCGCUCAGGAGGGCGUCCCGGCCGUCUUCACCCGCGUCGGCGUCCUGCUCAAGUGGAUACAGAAGACCACGGGCCUGCGGACGCUCUAGCGCCCCUAUGGACACCUACACUGGCAUCAGCUCGUCCCGAACUUUCUCUGUGAAGACGAUCCCA